GCAAUGUUAUUGAAACGACAUACAUUGUACACCCUGUGUUAACUUCACCACUCAAUUUAAAACGUUGCCGGCAAAUUUGCAAGUAUUUACAAUCUUUGUCAGCGAACUAACAACACAUUUGAAAUAAGGAAAAAAUGGCACAACGAUCAAUUACGUCAUUUUUUAAGCCAGCAGCUGGUACGGGAACUGAGGAAGCACCAAGCGCGAAACGCAGCAGACAGGAAAGCCCGCAGUCUAAUGGGAAGAUUGGUGAGCCCGAGAAAAAAGUUCAGAGGAAAUCUGAAGAAACGGACAAAAAAGAUACAAAGCCAAAUACACAGCGCAAUAGUGAACAUGACAAUACAAAGAAAACAUCACCAAAUGCGUUAAAAACAUCGCCUAAAAACAAAAAUAUAUCUACUAAGGAUAAGAAUGUGUCUCCUAAGAGCAAGAGUGUGACUCCUAAAAGCAAAAAAGAGUCUCCGAAGGAUAAGAAUGUGUCUCCAAAGAACAAUAAUAUAUCGCCUAAAAACAAGAAUAUAACGAGUCCUUUCAAAAAACAAAUAAGUGAUGUAAAAAAGGAGACCACCCAUGAAAACGACAACUUGGACAACAAAUCCACAAUUGAGGAAGUAAAGUCAGAGCCAAAAACGAGUAAUGAUGAUGAUUUGACUCAAAACUCAAGUAAGGAUGAUAAUGUGAGUGUUAAAAAACUUUCGGUGGAAGCCAAUCAGUGUGGUGCCGAAUACAAUCCGGCUUCUGCGAAAUAUCAUCCCAUAAAAGAUGCCUAUUGGAAAGCGAAACAAAGCACCCCAUAUUUGGCUUUGGCGAGAACUUUUGAAAUGAUUGAGGAUACCAAGGGACGUUAUAAAAUGGUUGAAAUAUUAGCGAAUUUCUUGAGCUCCGUGUUAUUAUUAAAUCCAGAUGAUUUAUUAUCAUGUAUUUAUUUAAGUAUAAAUCAAUUGGCACCAGCAUAUGAAGGGGUUGAACUCGGUGUUGCUGAAACUACAUUGAUGAAAGUCAUAGCUGUAUCUACUGGACGUGAACUGAAGUUUAUUAAAACACAAACACAGGAAAUCGGUGACUUAGGCAUUGUUGCUGAGCGUUCAAGAGUUUCACAACGUAUGAUGUUUACACCAAAACCACUCACUGUGCAAACUGUCUAUCAAAAAUUGCGUACAAUUGCAAACGCUUCGGGGAAAGCAAAAUCUCCAAUUAUACAUGACCUCUUUGUGGCAUCACGUUACUCGGAGGCGAGAUAUAUUAUACGUUCACUGAUUGGCAAGAUGCGUAUAGGAAUUGCGGAGAAGAGUUUAUUUCAAGCUUUAGCCACCGCAAUAGUGAGCAGUAGACCCUACGAUGAAAAUUAUAAAAAGAAAUCGAAACAAUCAGAAGCUGAUAUCAAAAAAGAUAUUGAGGACAUAACAUUUCUGCUGAAAACUGCUUAUUGUCAAUGUCCAAAUUUCGAUAAGAUCAUAACGACGUUACUUACACACGGCUUAGAUGAUUUACUGAAACACUGCUCCAUGGAACCGGGUGUGCCAUUGAAACCUAUGUUGGCGCAUCCCACACGUGGUGUAUCCGAGGUGAUGGAUCGUCUGAAGGGCAACAUCACAUGCGAAUGGAAAUACGAUGGCGAACGUGCACAAAUACAUCGCGACAAAAAUGGCAACGUCAAUAUAUACUCACGUAAUCAAGAGAACAACACCACCAAAUAUCCCGAUGUAAUAAAUCGUGUCGAUCACUUUAAGAAGGACACGGUACAAUCGUAUAUAGUUGACAGUGAAGUGGUCGCUUGGGAUAUUGAGCAGAAACAAAUACUACCCUUCCAAGUGUUGAGCACAAGGAAGAGGAAGAAUGUCGAUGUCGAGGAGAUUAAAGUGCAAGUUUGUGUUUAUGCAUUCGAUCUGUUGUAUCUGAAUGGCGAGGCGUUAACAUCGAAGAAUUUCUCCGAACGAAGACAAUUGUUGCGAGAUAAUUUCAAUGAAGUUGAAGGUGAAUUCCAAUUCGCAACUUCGUGUGACACCAAUGAGCCAGAUGACAUACAGGGUUUCUUGGAAAAUUCCAUUAAAGGUAAUUGUGAGGGUCUGAUGAUCAAAUCGCUGGAUAAUGAUGCAACCUAUGAGAUUGCAAAACGUUCACACAAAUGGCUGAAAUUGAAGAAGGAUUAUCUGACUGGCGUCGGUGAUUCGCUAGAUCUGGUUGUUAUUGGCGGUUACAUAGGAAAAGGCAAACGCACUGGUGUGUAUGGUGGCUUCUUACUGGCCUGCUACGAUGAUGAAAAUGAAGAAUAUCAAAGCAUAUGCAAAAUAGGCACAGGUCUGAACGAUGAGGAUUUGAGCACACAUGCCAAAUUCUUCAAAGAACACACAAUACCCGCACCGAAAUCAUAUUACCGUUUUGACACCACCUUAGUGCCCGACACCUGGUUUGAAGCGGUGCAAGUGUGGGAGGUCAAAUGUGCAGAUCUCUCACUGAGUCCCGUACAUAAAGCCGGCAUCGGUAUUAUUGAUCCUGAGAAAGGUAUUUCACUCAGAUUUCCACGUUUCAUACGUAUACGUGAUGACAAGUCCGCCGAGGAUGCCACAAGUGCGCAUCAAGUGGCUUAUAUGUAUCGCAAUCAGGAUCAAGUUAAAAAUCAAAAAUCCAACACAGCAGAGUUUGAUGAUGACUUCUACUGAGUAUACGUAUAUAAAUUGGUAAUAUAUUAAUUGUUUAGGGAAGCUUCAAAUGGCACACAAUGUUUGUUGCAAGUCAAGAAAUUCGUAAUAUUAACAAUUAUAAAAGGUUAGUAAGAUUUAUAUUUGCACAAUAAGUGGAUAGGGCACACUAUUAUAAGCUACUUUGUGUUGAAUUCCACAUUUCUCUUUUGAAAUCAAAACUAAUAAUUAAAAAAUUUAAUAGUACCCACAAAAAUUAAGUCUCUGUUUUAUAGUAGCUCAUAAUUUAUUAUUAUUUUGUUGUAGUUAUCGGUAAAGUUGUUAGCGCCCAAAUUAGUAAAUUUAAUAAUCCAAAAUUUCUCUAAAUUGUUUUCAAAUUUUUAAUGUGAGUUCAUAUAAUAACAAAUUCUGCAAUCUAUCUGCACACAAAAUUUCACUCUUAUAUCUCUUAAAUUAAGCGAGUUAUUUUGAAAUUUCUUUAUAGUUUAAAAAUAUAUAACUCUCUUUUUAACUUAUUUUUUUUUUUAAGAAAUUCUUUUAUAAAUAUUCUUAUUUGCUUAAUUUUCUGUUGACAAAAACGUUAAUCUUUGAAACAUCGAAAAUUGCGUCAAAAAAGUGCGACCAGAAGCAAAGUUACUAGCAUUUAGAGGUUGCUUAUGAUAUUCAGACUGAUCCUACAUAAUUGCGUUUUUCUCCGAAUUGCUUUUAAUGGUAGUAACAGCAACAAUUGAUCUGGUGUAUUUGUCGAAUACAUUCUGGCAUUUGAAGUAUUGUUUCAUUAUAAA